CUUACUGAUUUGGUUUUGUAGUUACAAAACAUUAUUUUUUUUCAUGCGAAGGCUGUUUAAAUAUUUUAAUUGCAUUUUUUGCAGUAUCUAGUGCAAUCAGCUGUUGAUGGAUAUAAUGUGUGCAUAUUUGCAUAUGGUCAAACCGGUUCUGGAAAGACAUUCACAAUAUAUGGGUCCCAAAGUAAUCCAGGACUUACCCUCUAGUGCAACUGCUGAGCUUUUCAAGAUUUUAAAGCCUGACAGCAAUAAAUUUUCUUUCUCAUUAAAGGCUUAUAUGGUGGAAUUAUAUCAAGAUACUCUAGUAAAUCUUCCAUUACCAAAGAAUGCAAAACAUAUGAAAUUAGAAAUAAAGAAAGAUCAAAAGGGGAUGGUAACAGUGGAGAAUGAAACGGUUGUACCCAUUUCAAUGAGGAUUUGACACUAAUUAUCUUGAGAGGGUCUGAGCGACAACAUACCUCUGGCAUUCAGAUGAAUGAAGAAAGUUCUAGUUUGAUAAUACUCUCAGUUGUUAUUGAGAGCACCAACUUUCAAACACAAUCUCUUGCUAGAUGAAAGGUUAGACAUUAAUCAUCAUGCCAUUAAUUAGUUCUAUCAUACGAGGUGCACAAUUUUGUUUUACCUAUGUUAGCUCUCACAAUAUUAGAUAGAAAUUAUGACACUGUUGCCACUGCUCCCAAAUGAAUGAAUGCACUGGGCCAUCUCUAUUACAAGGGAACUAUUUGAUCCACAUUUCACACAAUUUUGUGGAAUUAUGCACCAUUUUCUCUAUUAUUGUCCCAGCUAAUAGUGCAUUACUCUAGGUGGAUGCAUUGGCAAUUUGUGGCACUCUACCUAAGCUUUGGCUCCAACUUAAGAUGCCUUCUCGAGUGUGAUGGAACCUCAA